AUGACUGUCAUAGUUAUCAUCAAUGUUUUGCUGAUGGGGGUCGAACACUAUAACCAGCCAGAGGUCAUAAACAAAGUCAUUGACUGCUUCAACUAUGUGUUCAUGAUCAUCAUGAUCACUGAGGUUCUACUGAAACUUGUGGUGUUGGGUGUAGUGACAUUCAUAAAAGACUGCUGGAACCUCCUGGACAUCAUCAUCAUCUUGCUUUCCAUCGUCAGCAUGGCUCUAACCCAGUUAAGGAUGACAAACGUCAUUCCUUUCAAUCCCAGCAUACUAAGAGCCUGUAGAAUCCUCAGGCUCUCUCAAGUGCUGAAGGCCAAAACACUAAGAAUCCUGCUCAAAACCAUUAACAAGACUCUGUCUCAGGUUUGGAAUAUCUGUCUUCUUUCCCUGGUAAUCAUCUUUAUCUUCGGUGUGCUGGGAGUGGAGCUCUUUGGCGAGUUAGGUCAGUGA